AUGGGGAAUACGUUUUCAACAAAAAAAAAAUUAUUCUUUAAAAAAUCAAAAGAUGGAAAUUAUAUUAUUAAAGUUGAUGAAUUACAAAUAGAUAGAUUACAACAAUUACAUCAUAUAUUGAAAAUUUGCUGUAAUUCCAAUUUUAUUUCUCCAAUUUCUCAAGAUUUAGUACGUGGUAUUGAUGUGUUGGAUGUUGGGUCUGGUACUGGAACGUGGGUAUUUGAUGUAUCAUCAGAUUACCCAAAAUCUAGAUUCACUGGUAUAGAAAUACAAUCGUUUAUGUUACCAACUAUUCGUCCAUCUAAUACACGCUUCAUAUAUAAUGAUAUAUUAGAAGGAAUACCCUUUAAUCAUAAUUCAUUCGAUUUUAUACAUAUGAGAUGUAUGGUUUUAUGUUUUACCGACUUACAAUAUGAUAAAGUUAUAAGAAAUUUGGUUGAUUUACUUAGACCAAAUGGAUUUUUAGAAUUAUGUGAACCGAAUUUAUAUUUUAAAAAUAUGGGUCCUGCCACCAAGAGAGUUAUGGAUGAAUUGAGUAGAUUAUUAAGGGCGAGAUCGAUGAAUCCGUCAAUUAAUGAUCGAUUACAUGGAUAUCUAAAAAAAUAUGGAUUACAAGAAAUUCAACAAAAUGAUAUUACGCUUCCAUUAAGUGAAUUAGACGGUGAAAUUGGAUCAUUAUUAGGACAAAAUAUGAUAAAUGCUGUAAGCGCGUUAAAGAAUUUGUUAGCAAAACAAAUGAAUAUAACAAAUUCAGAGAUUAAUCAAUUAUUUGAUGAAUUCAUUACUGAAACAAAAUCAAUUAGAAUGUAUUGUAAAUAUACAAUGAUUUAUGGUAAAAAAAUAUAA